AUGGAAAGGGACAUACGAACAAAGUUCAGGGAUUCUCGUCUCGAAAGACUUCCACCUGAACUUCGAGAUCAUGUCUUAUCAUUUCUGGAUCUGGACGGGCUCAAAGCUCUGGUUCAGGCUUCGCCUGUCUACCAUGGUCAGUAUCUCUCAAAUCGAAAGCGUUUGCUCACCAGUUGUAUGGAUACAACAUUGAAAACCGCCACUGUCGAAGCUAUAGUUUGUUAUGUCUCGGCACCACUCCAGUUUGCCGAGGAAUACAUGCCGAACGAGGUCCUCCAUUGUCUGGGAGUCUACCAAGCGCGUCAAGCGUUGCCCCGGUAUUCCAUAAUGGAUGAUAAUCCCACCACGGAUGAGAUUGCAGACAUGGCAGCAUUCCACCUUGGGAUUGUCCGGCCGCUCAUGCAGGAAUAUAUUGCUUGGUCGCUCGGCAAUCUUGCCGGGGAGACUGGGACCAGGCCAUAUAAUAGAACACUUAGCACAACCGAAGAGAUCCGACUGCUGCGGUCCAUGUAUCGCUUUCAGCUCUGGAGUAACCUAUUCCGCGUCUGCCCUGAUACUCAAGACAGACACGGCGCAGGACUCGAUGGGCGGAAGUUUAUGGAGCUUCAGUUCUCUUUCUUUGAACCAUGGGAAGUGGAGGAGAUUUUCUGCAUCAAAACCUUCGCAAAGGUGAAAUUUGACCAUAUCUUUUCCAGGAUUCAUCGCGAUGUGUCUCCCGGACCCCCUGCUAUUCCUGGCCAGCGGCGGUCGAUGCCGGCUGGCUUCUUUGAUUUUGACCAUCCCUUUAAGAGGGAACGCCUCCUAAAUGGCACAAUAGCCCUGGGCCUCAACUUCCUCCACACGGUAUUAUUCGAAAUCAAGGAUCAUGAUCAUCUUGUUUCGACUAUGCGCAAUCAUAUCGGACGCGAGACUUUCUGCUUCUUGAACAAUGAUGACGUAGGAUUAGACGUCCAGAAUAAGCGUCGGAGAAGCAAACCAUCUCUUCGCGAUAGAAAGCAAGGGCGACGGGAUCCUUUACCUUUCCUUGGAGAUGUAGUAGUGCCAAGCAUAGACACGACCCACCCUCCACUGGCGUGGACCCUUAUAUGGGAAGGCACGUACAGCAGUCUGGUGGGGUACUUUAUAACGGAUAAGGUACGAAAAUGGGGAUACGUUAUGUGGGAUGCGGCCAGAUUGGAGAAGACUGGAGCCAAAGAAGUACUGAAACGUCAGUGGGAGUCUGACUGGCUCGGCCAGGAUCCGAGAGAUCUUGCAAUAACAUAA